CGCAUGUCUACUGCGCGUGGUCCCAAAAUCGAUAACAUUUUACUCACGGAUGAAUCCAUCACGUUCGAUUUGAUGAACGUGGACAUUGGCGUUGCAAAUGCUCUGAGACGCGUGUUGAUUGCCGAAGUGCCCACGAUGGCGAUUGACUUGGUGGAGAUAUAUUCGAAUACGAGUCCUCUGCACGAUGAGUUUAUCGCUCACAGACUGGGUCUCAUACCGAUUUUGAGUGAGAGCUGCAAUAACAAAAAGUACAUUCGAGAGUGUGAUUGUGAGAACGGGUGUGAUUUAUGUCAAGUUGAAUUGAUGUUAGACGUGAAAUGCGUAGAUCAGGACCGGAUGACGGUUACAGACCAAGACUUGAUUGUGAUAUCCGGAGACGAGACGAUUCGUCCCGUUCCCUUGGUCACGGACAAGGCCGAGCAAGGAAUCACUAUAACCAAAUUGGCGAGGAAUCAAGAACUGAAGCUGCGGGCCAAGGUUCGAAAGGGAAUUGGCAAGGACCAUGCCAAGUACAUUCCCUCAGUGGGCGCCACCUUUCAGCUAGAUGUAGACAUUCGUCUGAACCAAAACGAGUUGGACAUGUUGAAAUCGAGCCAGAAGAAGGAAUUUGUUGACAGUUGUCCAACAAAGGUAUACAAAUAUGAUAAUAUGACCGAUAUUGUAGAUAUAGAGGACAGCACGCGGUGCACUUUUUGUCAGGUGUGCAAAGACAAAGCCCAGAAGAUGGGACAUCCAAACUUGGUUUUUCUGACAGAAAAGCAAGAUAAAUUUCGAUUUAUUGUGGAAACUUCCAAGUCGCUGCCCCCAGACGAGGUGGUGCUGAAUGGUCUUAAAGUUUUGCUGGACAAGCUGACGCGCAUCAACUCGUCAAUUUGCGGACGAGAUGGCUGAUCCCGCGUAUCUGCUGGUCUCUUUUUGUAGGGGCAGUAAAGCUGUUUUUUUGUAUCGCGUACACACUGUCGUUUUAUCCUGUCAUUUUUUUUUUCGUCUGGGCACAAAAGGAUCAGAUUCCAGGUGUGCUGGGGCGCCCGACAUGUGGUGCACUUGGCCGAAAAAGGCCGCGUUGCACUCUGUUUGCGGCGCGGAGGCUUGACUGAGCGAGAAGCUGGUGCCCAGUGCAUUUUUUUCUGGUGAAGUUUUUGCGUGUGUACUUUUUCUACGAGAGAUUCUUGUCGUUGGGAAUUCGCGGUAGAAAAAGCUAGACCGGGCGCUCGAGCGCGUGGGCCGCGAGCGCUCACCCCUUCGGCCAGCGAAGAACGCGUGGCUUUGCCCCUGAGAGAACGCGCGGGGACGUCGUGGGGUGCACGGCGCGUUUCGGUGCUGGACCCCUCAGGCCGUGAAGGCCGGCGAAGAGGGUGUGGGCAGACAGCUACAGAGGUGGUCGGCGUGUUUGCUGCCCAGAUGCGCGAUAAAGCUAGCCGGGUGGAAAGGCAACGCGCAAGCGCGUAGACUCUUUUUUCAGGUGCGAGCUCCUUGAGCAGGUCCGUUUUCUGCUCUCUCUUUCUCUCUACGGAGCGCGGGUUUUGGACCUCUGGGGGAGAAGGGGGUCUGGCGCGUUUGCUGCGCGAGUGAGCGCGCUUCGGAUGGGCGCUU